AUGUCUGAAAUCAAAAUCGUAGCGGCUAGUAUUGUGAACUUUCUGAAACAGCAGUUGGACGGUGAUACAUUGAGUGUGGACUCGAGAGAGAGCGUAGAGGUUGGCGUGCAGUGCAUAGAAACCGCAUUCGAAAUAGGCCCGGAAGAUGCGGCAAAAGGCGUAGACCUCUUACAGUUAAUUAGGAAGCAACAAGGAGGGCAAUCUGCCACAAACCGCGCUGAAGCAGAGCGGCUGAAAUGCGAGGGUAACGAAUUAAUGAAGAACGAACGUUACCGUGAGGCACACGAAAAGUACACGCGUGCCAUCGAACUGGAUCCCCGUAAUGCUUUAUAUUUCUGUAACCGCGCUGCUGCUCACUUCAAAUUGGGUGAAAAUGAAUCGACUGUCGCAGAUUGUAUGGCUGCUUUAGCUUUGCAGCCCGAGUACGCCAAAGCUCAUCAUCGGUUAGCACUUGCCUUGACAGCGUUAGAUAGGCAUCGUGAAGCGCGACAAGCUUUCCUUCGAGCAGUGCAACUCGAGCCUGACAAUGAAAAUUUCCAACAACAGUUGAGAUUAUCUGAUGAACGCCUCUCCCAACUCGGUGAACGUGGCCCGAUGGACCUUGGAGGCUUACUACAGAACCCCGCCCUUUUAAACAUGGCAACUGAAAUGCUUGCAGAUCCUAAUAUGCAGAAUCUAAUUUCUGGUUUGAUGAAUAAUACUGCUGCAACUGCACCAGGUCAAGGUGCUGGAGGUAUGAGUGCUUUGUUGGAGGCUGGCCAAGCCCUGGCUCAACAUAUGCAAGCUGCAAAUCCUGAGUUGGUAGAGCAACUGCGCAGGCAAGUGCGUCCUCCUGGACCGGGUGAUAACCAACCUCCAGCUCAGUGA